UUUUCAUUUCGCCAUUCCAAAAUUCCAAAAGCUUUGUUCUCUCUGUUUUGCUUUGAAGAUCACGAUGAGUUCAAGUGACGCGCCAGUGAAGGAGGAGGUCAAGGAUGGCUUGGUAGAGAAAGGAAAUGAACAAGCACCGGCGAAUGUGAUCGGCGGCGCCGGCGCUCAUGGAGAUGGCUUGGUCGUUGCAGAGAAAGGAACCCAACCAGCACCAGCGAAUGUGAUUGUCGGCGUUCAUGGAGAUGAAUUUGUAGAGAAAGGAACCAAAAGAGGACGGGAGCAGGAGGAAUUAGAAGAUUCAGGCGGCGAGGAGGAAUUAGAAGAAGCCGGCCCCCAGGGUAAGAAGUGCGUUCAUCGUCGCGAGAGGCUCCAGAAGAAGACGAGGAAGAAUCGGAAGGCCAGACGCCGUCGCAAGCUCCGUCGCUACCAACCUCCCGGCGACAACGGUGGUGGUGGCGCUGGUGACGAUGACGGCGCGGCCGGUGGUGUCGCGGCGGCAUGAUUCCCCGACACUUUACUACGUCAUUUUCCUUUUUUUCAUUUUCCACGUCAGACUUUACUACUCUAUUUUAAAUAAAUAGCAAAAUCCCCAAAACACAAAAUGUCGAUCUAGGGUUUCGGCCGAUCGAUCGAUCUGAUUGUAAUAAAUUUCACUGCCAUUUCAAUUUCUUUCGAAUCUUUUGUGUGCAACUCUCUUGUUUACUCGGUCUUGUGAAUCAUAUUCACAGUAGAGAGCUUCUUACA